AGUAGCCCAGGGAACGGCUGGCGCGCGGGCCGGUGGGCGGAGGCCGAGACUCCGCUGCUGUUCUCAGCCGGUCGCCGGCAACCCGCCCGCCAUGCACCUGCCGCUCGCAGCCGCAUUUGGGCUGCUACUGCUGCUGCUGCUGCUGCCGCCGCCCGGGACUGUAGCUUCCCGGAAGCCAACCAUGUGCCAUAAGUGCCGGACGCUUGUGGACAAGUUCAAGCAGGGGAUGGCCAACACGGCCAGAAAGAAUUUCGGCGGCGGCAACACAGCGUGGGAGGAGAAGUCUCUGUCCAAGUACGAAUUCAGUGAGAUCCGGCUUCUGGAGAUCCUGGAGGGCCUGUGUGACAGCAGCGACUUUGAGUGCAACCAAGUCUUGGAGGAGCAGGAGGAGCAGCUGGAGGCCUGGUGGAUGACACUGAAGAAGGACUACCCUAACCUAUUUGAAUGGUUCUGUGUACACACACUGAAAGCUUGCUGUCUUCCGGGCACCUAUGGGCCAGACUGUCAUGCAUGCCAAGGUGGGUCCGAAAGACCUUGCAGCGGUAAUGGCUACUGCAGUGGAGAUGGCAGCAGAGAGGGUGACGGGUCCUGCCAGUGUCAUGUAGGCUACAAGGGACCGCUGUGUAUUGACUGCAUGGACGGCUAUUUCAGCGUGCUGAGGAACGAGACCCACAGCAUCUGCUCUGUCUGUGAUGAGUCUUGCAAGACAUGCUCAGGUCCGACCAACAAAGACUGUAUCAAGUGCGAAGUGGGCUGGGCACGUGUGGAGGAUACCUGUGUUGAUGUGGAUGAGUGUGCAGCAGAGACACCCCCCUGCAGCGAUGCCCAGUACUGUGAGAAUGUCAACGGCUCGUACACGUGUGAAGAAUGUGAUUCUACCUGUGUGGGCUGUACAGGAAAAGGCCCAGCCAACUGUAAAGAGUGUAUCUCUGGCUACACCAAGCAGAGUGGACAGUGUGAAGAUAUAGAUGAAUGCUCACUAGAAGAAAAAGCAUGUAAGAGGAAAAAUGAAAACUGCUACAAUAUUCCAGGGAGCUUUGUCUGCGUGUGUCCAGAAGGCUUUGAGGAGACAGAAGAUGCUUGUGUACAGACAGCAGAAAGCGAAGUUGCAGAGGAAAGCCCCACACAGCCGCCCUUCCAUGAAGAUUUGUGACAGGCAUCUGGGCUCCGAAGCCAGACUCACCCUUUAAGUUAUUGAGAGGAUAUCAUCUAUAGAAAAUGUGGUCCAUGGACAUCAACCCCAUUUCUCCAGGAAGAUCCCGGAGGGAGAAGCCGUCUACCCUGAAAUAGCUGAUAUUCACUUGGCCCUUUAAAAAGCUGCAUUUCUUGGUGGUUCUUAAGCAGAUUUGUAUAUUUUGAUACUGUUCUUUAUAAUAAAAUUGAUCAUUGAAGGUCAC